AUGGCCGGUAUACUGUUGAACGGGCGGCAACGCACGCUUAAUUCAGCCGCUGACGACGAAGACGACUUUCUUCUCGCCAUCCAGCAUCAACGCGCUGCCGAGCGUUUUAGGGAGCAGAUUCGCCUCGAGAGAGACUCGAUCGUCGUGGUGGUGAGGCACCAUCUACGCUUGCGCCGCGGUGACAGCUGUGCCGUUCUCCCGUCAGACUCAUGGAUUCAAGGUGGCUUCAACCUCUGUGUCCUCGUCGACGUUCGGUCCCGGGCCUCGUCCGAGUCUCGUCGCGUCGUCUUCCGCUGCCCGAUGCCUCACAAGCUCGCCGAGCAACACCACCCCGGCACCAUUGAUGAGAAGGUUUCUUGCGAGGCGGCGGUUUACGCCUGGAUGCAAGCUCACUGUACCGAUAUCCGUAUCCCGUACCUCUAUGCCUUUGGUUUUGCAGGUGGAAGCCAGUUUGCCCACAUCAGUCAAUGGCCAUGGUAUUUUCGCCUCUGGCAUUCCCUUAAGAGACUCACAUAUCUUCUCCUUGGUUAUGCCCUAUUGUCAAACUACACGCGAGUCCCAUGCACGCCGGCGGUGAACACUGCCUAUAUGCUCCUGGAGUACAUUGGGCCUGAGACCGGCCAAAUGCUCUCAGCGACCUGGGCACAACAUCGCCACGACUCUAACCGCCGUGCGCGGCUGUUUCAUGGCAUCGCACGUACGAUGCUUUCGCUGGCUCGUCUCCCGCAACCGCACAUUGGGUCUUUCAAGUUCAACCAGAGUGACGGGACAAUUACGCUCACAAACCGUCCGCUGAUAUCCACCAUGAUGAUCUUUGAAAACAGCAGGACACCACGAAACAUACAGCCUCGCCAACUCUACCAAAGCCCCGUCGCCUUCGCCUACGACAUGCUCACCCUGCACGAUAACUACUUCCUCCACUACGCCCACGCCAUUCGCGAUGAUGAGGAAGCCCGCGAGCGCAUUACCAUCCGGACGCUACUCCGGACAGUCAUGCACCACUUCAUGAUUCCGGAACGCCAGAACGGGCCAUUCCUCCUACAACCUACCGAUCUCCAUCAGAGCAACAUUUUUGUAGACGAGGAGUGGAACGUCACUUGUCUGAUCGAUCUCGAGUGGAUUUGCUCGCUGCCAGCGGAAAUGCUAGCCGUACCGUACUGGUUGACAAGUUGUAGUAUCGACAACAUCAUCAACGAUGAGUAUAAGCAGUUUGACGAAGCGCGGCAGGCAUUCUUGGCCGCAAUGGAAGAGGAGAUGAUAACUAUCCCUCCGGCACAUGACAUUCCGAUUACACGGACGAUGCUGAACACAUGGGUUUCUAAGGCAGUGUGGUUCUGGGCUUGCAUCAGGUCACUCAACGGCUGGCUCUUUCUCUUCGAGGAUCAUAUUGCGCCCAAGUUCUGCGACAACAGAGAUGUGAUUUCGGAUCUAAAGCAGACUUCAGCUUUCUGGAGGGAAGAUAUCGACACGAUUGUGAAAGCUAAGGUCGAAGAUGAGGAGCGGUAUCAGGCAAAACUCCGCUCCCUCUUUUCUAGCUGA